UGUCACAUCAAAAGGUGAGGUGAGGCUGAGGGUGAGGUCUCUCCAAUGAGAAAAUAAAUAUUUAAUAGGUCUGUGCUUCUCUCAAACAAAUCUGAAAUCUCUCAUAUUUACAUUAUUUAUGGACCUCAGUCCUCGACCACCAUUUUACGUAAUAUUUUAAACAUUUCCAAGUUCAUAGCACUCCAAACCCAAUAAUACUCCACUCUGGAAUUAUGGGACGGAACAUAAAGUUGUUACUUUUGGUAAAUUAAAUGUGUAGCGUUUAUUAUUGAUCUUUUUACUAAAUGAGACUAUGAGAGAUGAAUGCCGUAAAUGGUAAUUUAUAAUCUAUAAGCAAUGGCUAGUAAGGAGCAUAAAGAGUUAGCAAAUAUUAUCAAAGAAGUCCACGCGUCUCUUAGAAAAUCAUCAUUAGAAGUAGGCGCUGAAAAUGCAUGGCGUGAACAUUGUAAAAAUAAGAAUAUACUCAGUAAAUAUGCAGAGUCUAUGCAUAAAUUGGCUACAACGCACUGGGAAAAAACUUGUGGUAGUGAACAUAGUGAAGCAAUAUCAAGAAUUGAGUGGACGGCAGACUUGGUUCACUCCUAUUUUUUGCAAAAAUGUUACCUUUCACACAGGUUAAAAGAAUAUGAAAUAGCUGUGAAAAUGAAUAUUGAAAUCACUAUGGAAGAACAUUUCGCAGAGCCCUUAAAACUUAUUGAUGUAGGCAGCUGCUACAACCCAUUCCAGAAAUAUAGUUUUUUUGAUGUUUUGGCUGUGGAUUUAUGUCCAGCAAAUAUGUCUGUUUAUGAAUGUGACUUCUUGGAGGUACCAUGUGGUGCUUCUUUAAAGAAAACAGCUAAGAAAAUUAAUCAAUUGCCAACCCAACAUUUUGAUAUUGUAACAUUUUGUUUUCUUUUAGAAUAUCUCCCUAGUUCUUGUCUUAGAAUUAAGGCUUGCAUAAAAGCCUAUGAUAUUUUAAAACCAGGUGGAAUACUGGUCAUUAACACACCAGAUUCUAAACAUGUUGGUGCUAAUGGAAAACUGAUGAAGAAUUGGAGAUAUACAUUAGCAUGUAUUGGGUUCUCCAGGAUUAAGUAUGAAAAAUUUAAGCAUAUGCAUUGCAUGGCAUUCCGAAAAAGUCUGAAUAAAGAUGUUGCUAUACGCUGGGCAACUCUUCACAAAGAUACUAAUAUGGAAUUUACAUUGCAUAUACCUCAAGAUUUUAAUAUGAAACAAGAAAAUCAAUCUUUGCCAGAAAAUGUACACUGGGAAUCAACUGCAGCUGCUGAAGACUUUAAUGAAUUACCAUUUAAGGAUAUUCCAUAUAUAUUAUAAUAUAAUAAUAAUUAUGAGAUAAUAAAACUCUUAUAAU